CAUUACACAAUCCCCGUGCUUUGCGUUGAAAUAACCACCAUCAUAUGAAGCCCACGACCUUGAUAAAACGAUUACAGUGAGGGCAGUACACACCGAGAGCCAAUAAACGGUUGACACACUGAACCAAUAACUUAUGAAACGAGUCUUUACAAUUAAUUUAAUGGAUAUUGAAGCCGUUACAUAAUUCCUGUACUUUGCGUUGAAAUAAGUAAAGUUAUAAACAGCCAGCAACCUUGAUACAACUGUUACAAUGACGCAGUGGACACCAAGCGGCAGCACAGCUAGGGUGGACACAAUAAAUUACUUACGAAACGAGUCUUUACGAUUAACUCAUGAAUAAAUAUUGAAGUCGUAACAUAACUCGAGUUCAAAUAUUCUGAAACGCUUCUCUCUCUCUCACCACGAUUAUUCUCAAAGGCCACAGAGAGGAUUAGCCAAGUUCUCGAGAGUGUUUCUUCUGAUAAUAAUGUAGAAAUCUUGUUAAUCUGUCAUUAGAACCAUAGAAACACCAUUGAAAACCCGUGUACUCUCAAGUAGAGAACCCUUUUCAAUGUAGUGAAGAUGCGGCGUAGAAAUAUUUCAGACUAUGAAGCAAAGAACAACGAUUUACCCUUUAAUAUCCCAUCUCUCUUUCCCUCAGUAAUCCCAGAGGCAAGCGAACCAAGAGACACAGAAUGAGAGUGACAUCCGCGGCUGCUGCAGGGCUGGUGGUGAUAACGAUAGCGGCGCAAGGAGUAGCUGGGAUUGGGCUGGCCGUGGACGCCCUCCUUGCGGUACCCCAGGCGAUUGUCCUCAAGGGCGGCCUGAUUGCACUUAUUGUGGUACUCAAAAUCCUGAAGAAGGUGAAAGAAGCCCGCCAGCAGGAGAAAACAUACAUGAUGCACGCCGUCCACGCCCCUAACAUGCCGUACGCCCUUCGCCACAUGCACAGGCGCUCCCUUGCCACCGCCACUCCUGACGAUAACCUGACGGAGGCGCUAACGGAGGGCAAGGAAGUGGAGGAGGUCUUAGAGGAGGCGGUGGUGAGACUGAUAGAGCGACUGGAUGAUGAUGGCUGCCUUGUAAAGCUCCUGUGCCACCUUCAGGAGAAACCGCAAGGCACUCUCUCUCCUGAAGAAGGCCAGCUGGCAAGUCUCUUCUCCGCAGGUGUGCAAGGGUGUAGGGAAGCGUUCAGCAGAUGUGGGAUGGAGGAAGUGCAGCUGGUGGAGGCCUUCAGGUACACGUGGCAGCUGCAGGAGUCUGUCUAGUGCAGCUGACGAAGAGGUGUUGUUCUUCCGUUUUCUUUCGUUCUCGUGUGUUCGUUUUCUUUCGUGGAGAGAUUGGGAAGAUGUUCUUCUGGUUG